CACAACCGUUUUCUUUCUUUAUUACAUCAACCAGAGUCAUAUAAAAAGGCAACGAUCGAAACAUAUGAAACUUGCUUCCCUCAAACAACGACAUCCCAUCAUAACAUCGUCACUCCAAGAAUUACAGCCAACAGUGUUGCCAUUGUCUGUACUUGGAAUUUUUUCGUAUUCUUUUUAUUCAUUAAUUUUUUUUUAUUGUCUUUUGUGAUUUUUGUUUCUGUUUUUAACGAAACUUAAUCCAUUUAUCUCACAUCCCACUUUUUUGUGAGGAUUCUCUGUUUUCUCCGUAUACAUUACAAAAAUAUUUUCCAUCUUCGGAUUUCUUACUUUUACCACAUUCACUUUUUUUGGUAGAAAAAAUUUUCUCCUUUUUUUGUUUACAUUACAUCUUUCAUCAUGGAAGCGAAUCUCGAACAAGCCGUCAAAAAGCUCAUCAGCGACUUUGAAUGUCCCACUGAUGCUUUAAAGAAUGCCAUGGAGGAUUUCGACGAACUUCGCAAGAAGGGUCUUGAAAAGGACGACGAAAUGCUUGCUAUGGCCCCUGCCUACAUCAGCAGUGUCCCCACCGGUGAAGAAAAGGGUGACUUCUUGGCCCUUGACUUGGGUGGUACCAACUUGCGUGUCUGUUGGGUCCGUCUUCUCGGUGAAGGCAAGUACGAUAUGAAGCAAAGCAAGUCCACUUUACCUAGAGAAAUUGUCCGUAACGAAUCCGCUCAACCUUUGGUUGAUUUCAUCUGCGAUCACAUCGAACUUUUCAUCACCGAAAACUUCCCUGAAAAGAUCGGUGUUUCCGAAGAAGAAUACCUUCCCAUGGGUUUCACCUUCUCUUACCCCAUGAGUCAACGUUCCAUCGUUGAUACUACCCUUAUUCGCUGGACCAAGGGCUUCAACAUCCCCGAAGCCAUUGGCCUCGACUUUGGUUCCACCUUGACCCAAGGCAUGAAGGACCGUAAGCUUCCCGUCGUCAUCGAAGCCGUCAUCAACGAUACCGUUGGUACCCUUGUCACCCGUGCUUAUACCUCCAACGCCUACAACACCAUCAUGGGUGUUAUCUUCGGUACUGGUUCCAACGGUGCUUACGUCGAAAACGCUGCCGAAAUCCCCAAGCUCACCAACGCCGGCAACAAAGAAAAGAUGCUCAUCAACAUCGAAUGGGGUGCCAGUAACUUCAAGAGCCUUCCUGCUACCCGUUACGACUUGCUCCUCGAUCACGACACUCCUAACCCUGGUCGUCAAAUGUUUGAAAAGCGUGUUUCUGGUAUGUAUUUGGGUGAACUCUUCCGUCGUGCCUUGUUCCACUUGAUCAAGGUUUACAACUUUAACAACGGUAUCAUCCCUCCCUCCGUCACCGACUCUUGGUCCCUUGAAACCUCCGUGCUUUCUCGCAUUGUCAUCAACCGUUCUGCUGAAAACGUCAAGGAAGUCCUUCGUCCUUACGGUAUCCGCUUCCGUGACGACAACGAGGCUUUGCUUAUUUAUGAUGCUGCUUACUGCAUCGGCCGUCGUUCUGCCCGUAUCUCUGCCGUCCCUAUUGCUUCCCUUUACCUCUCUACUGGCCAUGCUGGUAAGAAGGCUGACAUUGGUGUUGACGGCUCUUUGGUUGAGCACUACCCCAACUUUGUCAAUAUGCUCCGUGAUGCUUUGAAGGAUCUUCUUGGUGAGGAUGAGAAGAACAUUACCAUUGGUAUCGCUAAGGAUGGUAGUGGUAUCGGUGCUGCUCUUUGUGCUUUACAGGCUGUUAAGGAAAAGUAAAUUAACUGUGAUCUAUGUGUUGUUGAGUCUUAAGGUAAAAGAAUUUAUGUUGUUUAAUUUCAUUUCUUUACAAUUUUUAACGAAAACAUGGGCGGUCCAAUGUCCACUUUUCGUUUUGUACUAGAUAUUAUGGCAGGUAAAUCAGUAAUAGAGUAGAAAAUAUUCAGUAGAAAAAUAAUAAUACAAGAAAUAAAAAAAU